CCUCUGAUAGACAGAGGCUUAGUGUGAGUCUGGUUUACUUAAUAUGUUUUCUCUGCCCAAAUCUCUAUUCAUCCACCCACCUCGGAUUAUACAACUCACUGUCUAUUUUAAAUUGUUUCCCCCUUUUCAUUCUCAAGUGUUAUACACCUAGAAUGAUGUGAAAAGUGUGUAAUGGUCGUUUAAAUGGAGAUAACGAGGGAAAACAAUGCUGACUAGCCCUGGUAGUGACUGCCGAGCAAUAUCAACUAAAAUAUUGGGCACAGGAUCCCUCCGGGGGCUUUUGUGAUAGAAUCGCUUCCAGGUGCUACAUACCUGCUGCCAGAAACUUGCAAUCUAGCACCAGUCGUCACACGCAGGCUUCAUCCACCGACACCGUCAUUGCAGAGAACGGAAUCUCAAGCCUCUCUAACCCGGAAAGCAUGACCCCAUCCUCCAUACCGGCGCCCAGUCUGUCGAACGGCUCACAGUCCAUGUCUGACAUGUCCAUAUCGUCUCGAAUGGCAGCCAAAAUCCAGGUCGUCAACAUGCUCGAGACCGAUAGCACAGGGAACCUCAUCGCGUCGCCAACAUCCUCCAUCGGCCAAUCCACCCCAAUGGCCUAUUAUUGUCUCUUCCACGUCCUUCCUUGCGACCACGGAUCAGACCGCAUCGAGCCCUGGAAGACACACGUGCUGAGUCACUUUCGGGGUUGCCCACUACCCCAGUACGCAACUUGUCAGUGGUGUGCCAUGGACUUUAAAAAGAAGACUGCGGCUGGAUCCUGGGACGCAAUGUUGGAACACACCGCCCACGAGCAUUUUGAGAAGGGCCACUCCCUCGCUACCACACGACCGAGCUUCGAGCUCAUGAAAUACUUGUACCAGUCCAAAGUCAUCACAGAGGACCAGUUGAAGGCCAUCCAACUGUGCCCAUCGCCCGAUAGCCCCGCAUAUCACCCCUCGCAAGACCCCGUCCGAGCGAGUAUCGGUUCUUCGGACGAACCUUACUGCUCAACGUAUAGCCCACGCCGCGAAAAGCGGAUGAGGGAGCAGCGUCGCGGUAUCAGUGUGGUUUGACCGUGUGCGGAUUGUAUGGGCUCGUAUAAUCUCAACUUUAGUCCAGUUUUCGCCUUUUUCAUUCCCGCGUUUGGUUUUUCUCCUUCUUCUCUUCCCCCUUGUUGUUGUACCUUUAUGAGUGGUAAAGAUUGCAUUGCAUAGCGUGGCUCGGAUAUCAUAUUUCCAAUCGUUGACGAGUUAUGCUUGCGCUAGCUGGAAAUGGCAUGGGCGGUUUUUUGAAUUUGAGUCUGUUGCAGAACCUCCUGUGUUUACUAUUUGCAGUUGUCCUGUUCUUCCCCUGUUUUACAUAGCAGACGAAAUUGUUAUUCGUAUUUCUCAUUUUUAGACCACAGCCUGACUUAUAAUCUUAAGGCUGGAUGGUUAAUAGUCCAAAUGUUAUAUAUGCAAUUUGAGAAUGAAGUUGUUCAUUUUUUAUUAUCUUGUAUCUACUCCAGGAGUGAAAUACCACACAAGAGAUGAA